AUUUUAUGUAACUGGGACUGUAGUUAUCAAUGUUAUAUAAACAUAUGAAAUUAAAGUCAAAUUCAAAACAAAAGUUUUGUACUUCAUAAUUGGGCACCGGUAGUUUAUUACCAUUAUGAAACCCACUAAUAUUUAACUAGAUUUAUGGUUUCUUAUUUUGUAAUUUAAUCAACGAAAACAUGGGCUCCAACUUUAGGCAUUGUUUUAGACUUUCGAGACUCUUAAAUUCAAAUACUAUAAUCAAGAAACAUAUCAGUCUUCCAGUAAAACAGUCAAUACUAUUUGCUAGUUCUACUGCUUAUUCAGGUGGUGGAAGAUCCUAUACUAAAGCUAUUUUAAUUAUUGGAGGAUUGGGUUUAGGAGGUGGUUUGUACGGAUAUUUAUCUGCACCGGAUCGAAAAAGAAAACCAUUGACCAGUCUCAUUGAAAAGAGUGAUUACACUAGAAAUGAUAAUAUACCUGACGUUAUUCCAUCUAGAGAAAUACUUGGGCCAGCUGAAAAUUUAGGAAUAGAAUUCACCCUUUACCAGUAUCAAACUUGUCCAUUUUGUUGUAAAGUCCGGGCUUUUUUGGAAUAUCAUGGUAUUCCAUAUAAGGUGGUUGAAGUUAAUCCUGUUAUGAGACAGCAAGUCAAGUUUUCUACUUCUUACAAAAAAGUUCCAAUUCUUAUCGCUCAUGAUAAAAACUCAAAUCAGAAGCACCAACUGAAUGACUCUACUGUUAUAAUUAGUAUAUUAGGUACAUAUCUCAAAAAUAUUGAGCAAGGACUACAGUCAGUUUUGCCCUUCUAUGCUCCUCAUGCUUACAAAGAUGAAAAUGGAAAAGUAAUUGAAGAAGUUCUGAAUAAAUAUUCGCUCAUGUUUGGGGAUAAUAUAGGAAAGGAUGAAAAUUAUGAAUCUAUAAAAAAAGAAAAGUAUUGGCGGAAGUGGGCUGAUGCAGAAUUUGUGCAUGUUCUCUCUCCAAACAUCUACCGUACAUAUGAUGAAGCACUUCAAUCUUUUAACUAUUUUUCUGAAGUUGGAGAAUGGGGAAAAAAUUUCUCUUCUUUUGAAAGAUUCAUUGUCAUUUACGUAGGAGCCACAGCUAUGUAUUUUAUUGGGAAAAGAUUAAAGAAAAAGUAUGCCUUGAAAGAUGAUGUUAGAGAAUCUUUAUAUGAUGCAUGCAAAGCAUGGAUGAAAGGAGUUGGAAAUAAAAGAAAAUUUAUGGGUGGUGAUUUACCAAAUCUGGCAGACUUAGCUGUCUAUGGAAUGCUCAACUCCAUUGAAGGUUGCUUAGCGUUUCAGGACUUGUUAGACAACACAAAUAUUGGAAAAUGGUAUUAUAGUGUAAAAGAAUCUGUUGCUAGUCAUGCUGGAUACCAGUCACUCAAAAUGUAGAAAUUAUUUGUAUAAUAUGUUUUAAGUUAACUAACAAUAAAAUAAUUAGUUUUAAAAA